AUGAAGUACUCUCUCAUCGCCCUCGCUGCGACCGCCAUCUGUGGCGCGUCGGCUGCCAGCCACAACCACCGUCGUCACAACCACAACGACAUCUUCAAAAGGUUCGAACAGAAGGCCGACGACUGCAAAUGCUCCACCUACGUGACCUCCUACGUGGUCCCUGUCACCAGUAUGUUUUCUCCCACUCCUGCCGGUCCCGUUGACACCCCCGUCUACUCGACCGACUCUCCCGCUCCCACAGACACCCCCACCGAGGCCGUCACCACCAAAUACUUGACCAACGUCCAGACCUCGACCGCUUACGACUAUGUGACGGCCACUGAGUACGAGCCCGUCCCCACCCCUGAGGUCGUCACCUACACCCAGCCCGGUACCUACACGAUCCCCGCCAAGACCGUUGUCGUCACCGCCACCGAGACUGGUGUCUACCCCGAGACGACCGUCCUGGUCCCCGGAAAGACCGAGACCUACGGAGGUGUCACCACCAUCGUCGAGACCUCGACCGUUGUGACCUGCCCCUACGUCGCCGUCGAGACGACUGACGGUAUCACCGUCUCCAAGAUCUACGAGACCGUGUACGAGUGCCCUACCGCCGGUACCUACACCAUCGGUGCCAUCACUACCGUACCCACCGAGACCACCACCGUCGAGUACGGUGUUCCCACUGAGUACCUUCCUGGUACUUACGUCCAGCCCGAGAUCACCACGACCAUUACCAAGACCAACGUCGUCGUGACUUGCCCUUACUCGACCAUCCACCCCACCGAGACCUCAGAGACUCCCGAGUACACUGCGGUCCCCACUCCUGCCGAGACCCCGGAUUACCCCGUCGAGGAGUCUGAGAUCCCCGUCUACACCUCCAAGGCCACUCCCUUCUCGACCACCAGCUACAAGCCGACCACCUCUUCCGCUGUCCCCAAGAGCACCGCGACCCCCGAGAUUUCCGGUGGCAGCGGCAAGUACUGGGCCGUCACUUACUCCCCGUACGCCGAUGAUGGCACUUGCAAGAAGGCUGCCGAUGUCGCUACCGACAUCGCUGACAUCGCUAGCAAGGGUUUCUCCAAUGUCCGUAUCUACUCCACCGAGUGCGACGGUCUUAAGAACGUUGGUGACGCUUGCCGCGCCAACGGUGUUGGUAUGGUCGUUGGCUUGUUCAUCAAGGCUGGAGGGAUCAGCACCUGUGCCCAGGACCUCGAGGACCUCACCGCCUGGAACGGAUGGGACAUGGUCAAGGCCGUCAUCGUCGGUAAUGAGGCCAUCUUCAACGGCUACAUAACUGCCGGAGGACUCGUUGACUACAUGACCACCGUCCGCGAGACCCUCAAGGCCGGCCCUGGCUACACCGGACCCAUCUCAACCGCCGAGACCGUCGGCAUCCUCGAGGCCAACCCCGCUCUGUGCGACGCCUGUGACUUCGUCGGUGUCAACAUCCAGCCCUACUUCGAUGGUCAGCGCACUGCCUCCGAAGCCGGUGCCUUCCUCAAGACUCAGCUCGCCGCCGCCGAGAAGGUUUGCGGCGGAAAGGAGGGUUACGUCCUCGAGGCCGGAUGGCCUUCCGCUGGUGCAUCCAAUAACAAGGCUGUCGCCUCGCCCGAGAACCAGAAGAUCGCUGUUGAAUCGUACGAGGAGAACGCGCCCGGUCACAUUGCCUACUUUACUUACCGCAAUGACCUGUGGAAGGCCGCUGGUAUUGAGCAGAACUUCGGUUGUGCUUCCGUCUUGUAAAUGGUUGUAAUAAUGUAGUGUAGUUUGUGGAUGGAGUGGGGAGGGAGGAGAUGUGGAUGUGUGUUUGUACAUGAAAUGUGAUACCAGGGAGCGCGUUUACUUUUGGUUAUAGAUGUGGAAUUUAAUACGUUGAGCAACUUCACAUUCGUCGCUGUUUUUCCUGGGUGAAAUUUUUCUACAUACUGUGAAUAUUUUGACCAUUGUGCAAUUUGAUGGUGAAAAGGGGCAACCUGGUUACCUGGUAUGACGG